AUGCACUCUUUGAACGUUGCUGCGGUCGCUAUCGGCCUUCUUACCACUCCAGCCCUCACUCAGCAAAGCGCAUAUGAGCAAUGCGGCGGCACUGGUUACUCGGGCAGUUCCGAUUGCGUCUCGGUGAUUGUAAGACAAAAUCUCCUCCCCCAACGCACACACUUACCGAAAACCGACCCCCCUAACCGAACUCUCCUUCCCCUCCCCCCAGACUACUCCCAGUGCCAACCCGGAACCGCCUCCACCACCCUCGCCACCGCGACGAGCACGACCGCCGCCGGCGGCUCCACCUCCACCCCCACCACCAUCGUCACCGCCCCGACCAACGGCAGCGCCGCCACCGGCCCUGGCACCACCCUGCAGGACGGCUACCUCUGGAUCCGGGCCGUCGAAGACCCCAACUUCCACAAAUACCUGCAGUCGGCGCCGCUGUACUCCUCCGGCGCCGCCGUCAUCGACGUCUACACGCAGGCGGGCCAGUUCAACGUCGACGCCGACGGGCAGCUCGUGCAGCUGGUGUCGGGGGCGGGCGAGACGCCGGCGAAGCUGCUGUACGCGCACGUGGCGGGCGGGGCGACGCGCGACGGCCGCACGCUGGCGGUGACGUUUGCGGCGGAGAAGGGGGCGUACGGCGCGUUUGCGUGGCAGGGCGACGCGCUGACGUGGGAGGCGGCGAACGUGACGAGGCCGAACCUGAGCGCGUGGUAUGUGUGCGAGGGGCAGGCGCUGUUUGUGAACUUGGGGAAUUAUUUGUAUGAGACGCCGGAUGGGUGUGCGGAUGAGACGAUUCACUAUUACAACGACAAGACCGCAAACGAUUGA